AAAGCGUCUCCGGCACAUGGGCUUUAAGAGAUCUGUCGCUCAGAAGCGUUCUAACGGGACGAGCCGAGGCGGUCACUAAUCCGCGUCUUACAUGCCACAAUAACCAGCAACCUUUCAGACUUACACUUCCAUCUUAAUAACAACGACAACAGCAGGCAAUCAUGACUAUAGACGCGCCCGUUAUUUUGUCCGCACUUUUCUUUACGAUUAUUGCCAUUAUAGUUGCAUCGACGUUCCUGGCGAGGAAACCUGCGCAAAAGAAAGAACAGAAACAGAAGCAGCACGAGGAGAGAUCCGAGCGGGUUACUGAGUAUCACCAGCCCAUAGUGGAGCAACCAGCUCCUGCUCCAGCUCCAGUACAAAAGGAGGUGAUUAUUGAGAAGAAAAGAGAAGAACCCGUUCCUGUCGCUCCUGUUGUAGAAGCUGAAGUCAUCCCCGUGCAACAAACACCUGUGCAGGCAGCGGUAAAAGCUGAGGAGGAGAUAGCUGUUGAGCCUGCUGCAGUCGCGCCUGUAAUUGAGGAAGUUGGUGUUGUAGAGGAGCAGCCUGUAGUUGAACCUGAGGUCGUCCUCGUGCAAGAAACACCUGUCCAGGCAGCUCCGGAGCCUGAGCCUGUACAUAAAGAAGUCGUAGCAUCUGCAGCUGUGGAAGAGCCCGUCCCUGUGCCAGAACCAGAGCAAGUAUCCACCUCGUCACCUGAACCAGUGGCCGCACCAGUAGAAGAGCCAGUGCCUGAACCAGUGAAGGAGUUUGUCCCAGAACCAGAACCAGUGCCUGAACCAGUCCCCGAGGUGCCCAUCCCUGAACCAGCAUCUGAACCCACCCCUGAACCAGUGUCAGUGACCACCCCUGAACCAGCGCCUGCACCCAUCGCAGAGCCAGCGUCCACACCAGCCCCUGAACCAGCGCCUGCACCCAUCGCAGAGCCAGCGUCCACACCAGCCCCUGAAGCAGCGCCUGCACCCAUCGCAGAGCCAGCGUCCACACCAGCCCCUGAAGCAGCGCCUGUGCCCGUCCCUGAGACCUCACCAGCAGCCGAAUCUCUUCCAGAGGUCCUAGAGAAUAAUGAUGUUGCAGCUGCUUUACUGACAGAUGAGGUCGAGACCCCCGCAGUCGUGCCCGGUAAUAAGAGGACCACCAAGUUUGAGAAGAGAAUGACCAAGGAGGAGAUGGAAGAGGAGCAGAGGAUAGAGUUCACAAAUGACUUUACAGCUCUUUAAACAACACCAGGCAGUAUGCCUGUGUCAGACCACUGAGAUGCUGAGUAAGCGGAAGUCUGAGCAAGAGGGGAAAACAUUCUCCCUAUAAUGAACCUUGAGGAUCUUCGAGGAGUGACUUUGUGCUUUUCUUCUUUUUUUCUUCUUUGUUUUUGGCCUGUGAAUAACUUCUUUAAGCAAAAUGCCAAAGAACAUAAGAUUAUCCUUUUCUUUUCUUUUUUUUACACUUGGGUACAACUAAAUACAACUAUGGCCCUUAGACUAUGAAAAGCUUGUUAAAACACUGUGAUUCUAUGGCUUACAUACAGUUAAUUUAGUGUAUGAUUCAGACACACUUUUGCAAAGGAAAGGGAGGGAACCAGUGGUUUAUGUAAUUCUUCUUUCUUGCACUUGCUGGGUUAAAUAUGGACAAAUCCAGCAACUGGGUUGUUUUGACCCAGCGGUUGAGUUACAUUUUUAACACAACCUUCAGGGUAAUAACCCAACCACUGGGUCAAAACAACUCAAUAGCAGGGUUUGUCCAUAUUUAACCCAGCAUUUUUUAGAGUGUAGAUUUGAAUAUGGAGUUCAGAAAUUGGGAUUUCUCGUGACAUGAAAUAAUCUUGUGCCUUUGAGCAUCAUGUUUUCUUGAGUCAGCCAAUCAGCAUUCAGUCUCACAUUCUGCCCACCCUGCUCUUCCGAAAUACCAUCACACCCUCUUGUGGACACACACAGCCAUGACCAUCACAGGCUGAUGGGAAAAUGCUUGCACUACAGAGUCAGACAUGUACAUGAUGAAAUGUAGAAACUAUGUGGAUUUUUGUUGUUACUGUUUUUGGAUGUUAUGUUAAAAAAAUUAGGUGAAUCUCAUCAAACAUAAAGAGUGACACUUCAUAACAGAAUCAGGAGAGAAUGGAAAAGUAGUUAUAAUUUGCAUAAAGAAAACUAAGCCUGUUUUAGAACUAUUAUGAUUUGUUUGCAUUCUAAAAAAGUAAUAUUUUACUGUAAUUAAUAUUGUGAUGCAUUAAAUUAUUGGCAAUACAACAAAUGCUAGAAUAUGUACAUGGUUUUUUCUGCACUAUUGUAAAGAGAAUAUCAUUUUGAUUUUGCAGUGAAAUGUGACUUUUGAUGGGGUUUUGUGAGAUUCACCCUAAUGGCUUUUGUAAUAUCAAUAAAGAGCUGAAUUUGAUGAAUGA